AUGAAUUCUGUAAUUGUUUUAUUUUCGCUGUUAAUUUUUAGAGUAUAUUUUAGUGAAGCCCUGAGGUGUUACGAUUGCCAGAGUCAUAAUACAGACGACGAACCCAGUGGAUUUUGCCCAAGAAAUGGAACAGUUGAUGCAACUAAGGCUUAUGUAAAUGAUAAGUGUGAUGGUAAAUGUUUUACGAAAGGGAACGAUAUAUAUAAUGAUCACGCUGGACGUGGUUGUACAACGGGUUUCUCUCUACCAAGUCCCUUACCAGAUGAUGGUUGUUAUAUAUAUGGUCUUGAUACAUGGUGUAUAUGCAGCAAUGAUACAUGUAAUGGACAGCCUAUGGGAGAAGGGUCGGAAGAACUGGAUGCCCACCUUCGGAAAGCAAUCCUAAGUCAAGGUGCCAAAGACGGGAUUAUGAAAUGUUUUAAUUGUAUAAAUUACGAUGCUAAAGGUCAACAUUACAGUCAAUGUCCGAAAUAUGGCACUGUUAGUUUGAGUGCUUGGAAGAUGAACUGUACUGGACAUUGUUACACUAGAAGUGAUGACCUGGAUCCAAGAAAGGUGUAUAGAGGUUGUACAGAUACAUUACCAUCUCUGGCUUCCAUGCCUCCUGUCGAUGGUUGCUAUACAUACUAUCUAGAAACUUGGUGUGUCUGUAAAACAUAUUUGUGUAAUGGCGGUCCAAUUGGAGUUGGUACUGUCGAGUUGGAUGCUCAUAUUGUAGAAAACGCAAUGUCUGUGAUUACUGUAAAUAGUUUGUUUUUGAAAUGUUUGGGUGUUAUUGUAUUCGUACUGCGUUGGGCUUUUUAA